CGUAGCUGCCGUAGCUGCAGUUAGGUACCUUCUAAAUGCAGUACGGUACAGUUGGACAAACCACUUUAACUUCUGUAAAUUCGCAAUAUCUCGUCUUUCAUUUGCCCCUCCAACAUUCAAAUGCCCCGCACCGUUCUCACGCGACUUCAUUCAAGUCAGCUCAGGCUUCUUAAAACCCCAACUUUGUCGUCUCACAGAAACUCUCCUUUUAUACACUUUAAACCAUCUCUUCGUUCACUCUCGCUUUCAGUUUCUAAUACCAGAAGAACCUACCUUACCCCGGCGAUUCGAGCACAUCAAUCCCGCAAGAUGGCUCCUCAACUUGACGGGUACUUUGCCCAAGUCGACACUCUGUCGUCGCACUUCAUCGACCGUCUUGCCAAGGCUGUUGCCAUCCCCUCAGUCUCUUCGGAUGCUGCCCGCCGACCUGACGUCGUUCGCAUGGCCCACUUCUUAGCCGACGAACUCAAGGCCCUGGGCGCCACCGUCGAGUUUCGACCCCUCGGCAAGCAACCCGAUGCGCCAGAGCUCGAGCUCCCGCCCGUCAUCCUUGCACGAUAUGGCAGUGAUAAGAAUAAGCGUACUAUCCUGGUCUACGGACACUACGACGUCCAACCCGCCGAGAAGAGCGACGGCUGGAGCACCGAACCUUUUACCCUAAAAGUUGGUGAGGACGGCCGUAUGUUCGGUCGUGGUAGCACAGAUGAUAAGGGCCCGGUCCUAGGCUGGUUGAACGCCAUUGAGGCACACCAAAAGGCCGGCGUUGAAUUCCCCGUCAACCUUCUCAUGUGCUUCGAAGGCAUGGAAGAAUAUGGAUCUGAAGGACUAGACGAGCUCAUUGAGAAGGAAGGCAAGGGUUACUUUGCGGAUGCUGAUGCAGUAUGCAUCAGUGACAACUACUGGCUAGGCACGGAGAAGCCGUGCUUGACAUACGGUCUCCGAGGUGUGAACUACUAUUCCAUCGAGAUCUCAGGCCCGGGCGCCGACCUACACAGCGGUGUCUUCGGUGGCACGGCACAGGAGCCCAUGACGGAUCUAGUGCGUGUGCUGGCCACUCUCGUCGACACUAACGGCAAGAUCCAAGUCCCCGGAAUCAUGGAGCAAGUAGCCCCUGUUACCAAGGACGAGGAAGGCCUUUACGACAACAUCUCCUUCACGAUGGAAACCCUGCACGAGUCCCUCGGCGCCACGACCACGAUCUUCGAGGACAAGAAGUCGACCCUAAUGGCACGAUGGCGAUACCCCUCCCUCUCCGUCCACGGCAUCGAGGGCGCCUUCUCGGCCCCCGGCGCCAAGACCGUCAUCCCGGCUAAAGUCAUCGGCAAGUUCUCCAUCCGCACCGUGCCCAACAUGGAGAUCGAGCAAACGAACGAGCUGGUGUACAAAUACGUCAAGGAGCAGUUCGCCAAGCUCGGGAGCAAGAACUCGUUGAAGGUGUUCGCGCAACACUGUGGUAAGUGGUGGGUUGCUAGCCCGAACCACUGGAACUUCAGAGCGGCUGGCAAAGCUACCGAGCGUGUUUGGGGCGUUCAGCCGGAUUUCACGCGUGAGGGUGGAAGUAUCCCCGUAACCCUCACCUUCGAACAAGCUACCGGCAAGAACGUCCUCUUGUUGCCUAUGGGCUCCUCAACGGACGGCGCUCACUCGAUUAACGAGAAGUUGGAUAAGAAGAAUUAUAUCGAGGGUAUUAAGCUACUUGGUGCUUAUCUGCAUUAUGUUGCGGAGGAGCCGAAGGAGUAGGUAGGUGAGCUUUUGUUACGUAAGUGCGGUUAUGAGAGGAUGGCUCUUGUAGGUACUGCGUGGUUUGGUAGGACGUGUAUUUAAUGGAUAUUCGGUAAUGAGAACGAUGUUAAAUAAUCAUUGGCUUAGGUGAAUUUUCGUGGAGUAAGUGUAAAAUUGUGUGAUAUUGACUCUGGUUUGUAUAGUACAUAGUUUUUACCCCUUAGUCUCCCUUUGUUAGACGGCUAUUAUCCAUGACAGUAGU